AUGACCGAGAACGUCUUCAAGUUUCAGCCCAGGACCAACUCCGCCUCGGACAGUGGUAGCGGAGAAGAUGCUGAUGUACAGGAAGCAGACUUCAUGACCCCACUUGUGGUCCAGACUGACUUUGGCUGUACAAGCCCCCAGCCUAAAACCCCCAAAAGCCCAUCUAAAGGUGGCACACUCAAGAAGAGACACAGAGCUCCUCCUGGCUCUGCCAAACCUGAAGAGACCAGAGUACUGCACACUCACGGCAGACGAACUUUGUACACUGCAGGCAGACCUCCGUGGUACAAUCAGGAGGGACAACUGAAAAAUGCAUUCGUUAUAGGUUUGUGUGGAGGAAGUGCCUCUGGGAAGACCACAGUUGCCAGGAAGAUCACUGAAGCUCUCGAUGUGCCCUGGGUCAGCUUGGUCAGCAUGGACUCCUUCUAUAAAGUGCUGAGCCCUGAGCAGCAUGACAAGGCCAUCAUGAACGAGUACAACUUCGACCACCCUGAUGCCUUCGACUUUGACCUGGUCAUUUCCACAAUCAGGCGCCUCAAGGAAGGCAAGAGUGUCAACGUGCCCAUCUACAACUUUGCUACACACGCUCGGGAGAAGACCAUGAAAACAGUCUAUGGGGCAAACGUUGUGAUAUUUGAGGGUAUAAUGGCUUUUACAAAUGCAGAGCUGGUGUCGUUGAUGGAUAUGAAAGUAUUUGUGGAUACAGAUUCGGAUGUACGCCUGGCACGACGACUGAGAAGAGACAUUGCCGAGAGAGGGAGAGAGCUGCAGGGUGUACUCAAGCAGUACAUGAAGUUUGUGAAGCCCUCGUUUGAGCAUUACAUCGAGCCCUCCAUGCGGUGUGCAGACAUCAUCGUCCCCAGGGGAGGGGAGAACGAUGUUGCCAUCAACUUGAUUGUGCUGCACGUACACAACCAGCUUCAGGCUCGAGGGUUCAAACUGCGUUCCAAACAAGCCCAGUCCUCACACAACGGCCAGCCAAUGCCUGGGACCCUGCGGGUGGUGGAGAAGACAUCACAGGUGUGUGGCAUACAUUCCUUCAUCAGAGACAAGGCUACAUCUAGAGAUGAAUUCAUCUUCUACUCCAAGCGUCUCAUGCGACUGCUGUUUGAAUUUGCUCUCUCUAUGCUGCCUUUUAAGAAUGUGACUGUGGACACACCGCAAGGGAUCCCAUAUACUGGCAAACACCUGGCAGUCGACAAGAUUGCUGGUGUGUCCAUCCUGAGAGCAGGAGAGACCAUGGAGCAGGCUUUGUGUGAAGUGUGUAAGGAUGUCAGUGUGGGCAAGAUUCUCAUCCAGACAAACUUACAGACUGGAGAACCUGAGCUCCACUACACUCGGCUGCCCAAGGACAUCAAAGACCACUACAUCUUCCUGCUGGACGCCACAGUGGCCACUGGGGCGGCAGCCAUGAUGGCCAUACGGGUGCUGUUGGACCAUGAUGUGCCAGAGGAGAAGAUAUUUUUGUGCUCACUUCUGAUGGCAGAGUCAGGAGUCCAUACGGUGGCGUACGCUUUCCCCAAGGUGAACAUUGUAACCACAGCUGUAGACAAGGAAGUGGAUGCAGACUUCCAUAUAUUGCCUGGGCUUGGCAACUUUGGAGACCGAUAUUUUGGCACUUGA